AUAUAUACACUGUAUAUACUCACUCUGUGACACACGGGGGCAGGGCUAGAGACAGAGGGAGGAGGAGACUGUGGGUGAGUCAGGAAUCCAAUGGGAGGGAAGAGACUGAGGAAGAGACAGAAAAAGACAGACAGAGACUCCCCACCUGCCCAGGUCCCCUGUGUGGUGCAACCUGAUGGCCCAUCGCUCGCAGAGCUCCUCGCAGGGGGAUAAUCCCCUGGACCCCAAUUACCUGCCCCCGCACUAUAAGGAGUAUUACCGGAUCGCUAUCGAUGUUCUGGCGGAGAGGGGCCCCGAGGCCUAUGAGGAAUUCCUUACGAAUGAGGGGGCCCCGGACUUUCUGUGCCCCUCUGAGGUUGAACAUAUCACCAAGUGUUUGCAGAGACCCCCCGAGUGCAGUCAGGAGAACCAGCACCCCGACAAUGUGUACAGCACUCAGGAAGAGGCCGACGGCUCCUCAGGGACUUACUGGCCAAUGGAGUCGGACACUGUGGCCCCAGAGCUGGAUCUCGGCUGGCCCACCAUCUAUGGCUUCCAGGGCACAGAAGUGACCACCUUAGUACACCCCCCGUCCCCCGACAACCCAACUAUCAAAGAGGAAAUACGAAGGAUGAUCAGAUCUGCCCAGCAGGUAAUUGGGAUUGUCAUGGACAUAUUCACAGAUGCAGAUAUUCUGAGUGAACUGCUCGACGCUGCCAACCGCCGCAUCCCCGUCUACAUCAUUCUCGAUCAGAUGAACUGCCAGCUUUUCCUAGAUAUGACUGCCAAGUGCCGGGUCAAUCUCAACUACGUGGAAUUCCUCAGGGUACGGACAGUCCCAGGCCCCACCUACUUCUGCAAGAAUGGAUCCACCUUCAAGGGGAAUCUUCAGGAGAAGUUUCUGCUGGUGGACUGUAACGUGGUGCUGAGUGGCACUUACAGCUUCAUGUGGUCCUUUGAAAAGAUACAUCGCAGCAUUGCCCACAUCUUCCAAGGGGAACUGGUCUCUAGUUUUGAUGAGGAGUUUCGGAUCCUGUUUGCCCAGUCUGACCCACUUAUUCCUUCUGAGAGUGCCCUGGCAAUGAUGGACAAGUCAUACAUGGGAAUGGUGCCAUUUGCUGGACACCGACCCAUGUUCGACAGGAAGCUUCACUUCAUGUAUCCCAGAGAAGAGAAUCCUUCACAGCCAUUCCCUACUUUUGGCGUAGAUCCAGAUCGACAUUACUUCCAGCCUUCGAGAAGGGAAGACAUGAUGAGGCAGAACAUGGACCCUGCAGGCAUGCGGAUGUAUGCCAAGAACUUUGGUGAUCCGAUGGAGAAAAUGCAGAUGUCGUUUAUGCAGAACAAGCAGCUGGAGGCCCUGGAGGCCUAUAAGAGACACAGCUUUGCAGAAGGAACAUUUGAGAAUUAUACCUCCUCCAGGCAGUAUAGUAGUAGGCAAAUGCACAUGAACAACAAUAAUGAUGAGUACAGAUUCCAGUCAAGCCAAGUCCAGAAGAGCCAAUUCAUGCAGUUCCAGAGUCCACUUGCCACCACACGGCCUCAGGGACUGUUUGAGAAGAUCAGAGGUGGCCGGCAGGGUUUGCAAGAGAUGGAUGAGUUUGACUCUCGAUAUCCAAACAAGGGUUUGCCAGGGGAAAGUCAUUUUGCACUUGAAGGACCUCCCAUGAGGCCCGGUUAUAACCCUUCCAAUUCAUCUCGAGAAGUGAAGCAUGGAUCAGACCAGGCCGUGAUUGGCGGAGAGGGAAGGUUUGGCCAAAGAUCUCUGGGACGACAGAAAUUCAUGUGCCAAAUAUCUCCCACCCAAAAACAGGGAAUGGAGCAGAAGUACCUUUUCCACGACCAAGAUGCAGAUAAAAAACCUCCGGAGAACAAGCAAGGUUUACGGAGCUGGAGGGUUUCCUCGUAUCUCAGUGGGAUUCAGUCAGACCAAGAUGAAGAGGGCCUGCCAAUUCCUUUAGAACCAGAACUAUACGAUGAUGCCCUGGUGCCAGUGGAAAGGUCAGUGCCAGCUACUGAAACCCUUUUGAAAUACUCCAUGGACCCAAUGCAACCAUACAAGUCCAGUUUAGUGCCACACGAUGUGCCUUUUGACAGAUCCAAUGAGAAUUUCAUGAAGUACUCUGUCGAUCCAAUACCACCUUUCAAGCCCAGCAAUGAUGUGCCUGAGCGAAAAGUUCCUGCAAAUGAGAAUCUAUCAAAAUAUUCUCUUGACCCAAUUCCGCCAUAUAAGACUUUUGGAUCCACAGGAGAGCUGUCAGUGGAAAAAGCCAAGGAAACCCCCCCUGCAGAGAAAGAGAAGGAAGAAUCCUUGUUAUCUAGACACGAUUCAUUUAGAACCAGGACAAACCCACUUAUCCAGAGGGGCUCUCGUCUGAGAUCCUCUCUCAUCUUUAGUAGUUCCAAAUUAGAGCAGCACACUUCCACUGCAGAGUCUGUCCAGGAGUUGCAGAAAGCCCAAAAUACCAGCGAAGUGGUCAGUGAAAAUGAAACUGGAAAGACCACGUCUAGAGUGGCCGAGAUCCUUCAGAAAUACAGAGGGGUCAGCAAGGACUCUAACAGCACCACAAUGACUCAAGCCAAGGCUGCUAGCAGAACCAUCCAUGAGGAGACCGAGGAUGGACAAUGCACUAGCACAGAAGCGGUGGCCUAUAAAGCAGUAGAAUCCACUGUCGAUAAAAAUGGUUCUGUGAGCCGCAUGCAGCAAGAGUCUCAGUAUAAAUCUGUAGCCACUUCUCAUUUGGAAGGCCUCCUAAGCAAAGACAGGCAGAGCAUCUCCAUGAGUAAAGUUGAACAGAUGACUUCCACUUUCCAAACAAUAGGGAGCCACUCAGCUGCUCCUCCUGAAAGAAAUGAGAGUGGACCUAUGGUAACAGAACCCACAGAGGCACAGAAACAAGGCUCCAUUAGCCACAAGCAAGAAGAGUCUCACUACAAGUCUGUAGUCACCUCUCAACUGGAAGGCCUAUUAAACAGAGAACAGCAGGUCAUCUCCAUGAGUAAAGUUGAACAGAUGACUUCCUCUAUCCAAACCGUAGGGAACAUCUCAUCUGCUCCUCCUGAAAAUAAGGAAAGUGGACCUACUAUAACAGAACUCACAGAGGUGCCACAGUCUCCAGAAAAUGCACCAAUCAGAUCCAAUUCUUCUUUCCAUUUUGGGAGUGCUCUGGAAAGUAUGUCCCAGAACCCAACUCCUUCCAGCUCCCUAAAUAAAUCAGAGGAGGACCUGGCCAAAACAGACCAGAAUUUCUUCCGUAAAGGUUCAAUAAGGUUGAAACAAUUUUUGCAAUCCAAGGCAGAGAAAAAGGCAGAAGAAGACCUCGCUUCAGAUAACACCAAGGUGGAGAAGCAGCACAGCACCCUCAGGCGCCUUUCCAAAUCUGAUAAUCAGGAGCUGGCACCCACCACGGACCCAGAGGAAAAGUCAACAAAAUCCUUAUCCGUGUCUCCUCCAAAGUCCUCCUUAACUUCUCAGAGCCGAUCUUCCACAUCCAAUGUUAUCUUCAGCAGCAAUCUCCGAGAUGACACCAAGGUUAUUCUGGAGCAGAUAUCUGCCAACAGCCAGAAGAACCGGGCUGAGAUGGUGAAACAGGCACAACAGAUCCAGGCCACCAGUGAUCCAGACACCACAACGACCAGUCCUACUGCUGAAAGCAAAACCGAGGGAACCUCCAGUGUUGACACGUCGGCCUUAAACAGGACUGGCAGCUUCCUCAGCCGCUUCUCCAAGCCGACAACGAGCUCGCCCGAUGACAGAGACAACCUGCUCAAGCGCAUGGAGAGCUUUCGCAAGGAGAAACGCGUCUACAGUCGGUUUGAGGUUUUCUGCAAGAAGGACGAGCCGAGCGCAGCCGAGGAGAAUGGUGAUGCAGACUCCAAAGAUAAGAAAGUUGGCAAAAUUUUUCCAAAACUCCUGGGAAACUUGAUUAAGAAAUAACCUCCGGCACAGAAAUUGCCGUGUUUGCCCAAGUGCCACCUUGUUUAAAUGUUCCCUGUGGGACAGCCCACAUUUUAACUCUUACCCACCUUUCAGAGACGUUGUAUAUACCAGCGGCAGGUCAUGUGAUAAACAUGUAGAGAGAGACUCCCUCAUACACUUGCCCCAAAGGAGGGCAGUUUCACACACAUUGUUGUACAUAAAGGGCUUUAAUUCUCUUGCCUACAGAAUGGGCAGAAAGUGUUAAAUAUUCACCCCAGUGAAUCUAUUUACCCCAGAAGGUGUUUAAAGGGAAAGUUAACUUGUACAUUUAGCCACUCAUCUGCUGUAACAAUGGUAAACGGUAAAAAAGACCGAAUUGGUUGCUAUGGGUAACUGCACCUUUGCCCCUCACUAAUAUGAAAAUAAUCCCGGCAACAUUGUUUUAUUUAUUUCUUGUGGUUUUGUGUUCUGACCUUGCAGAGAUGUGCGGUUGCUAGGGUUAGUUACUGUGGCAACCAGCAGGAGGAUGAAUCGGGCGAGUGGGCGCUUCUUGCUAAUUGGCUCCUGUUUGUGUCCAGUCUCUCGUAUUCAUCUUCCAUCUUGGCUUCCAGUCUCAAUGGCAGCUUGUUGGGGUCAAGAGCAAACGAAGCAACAGGAUAGAGGUGUAAAUGCCAGACUGGGGCUGCAGAACAGAAACUCAGAAACAACUGGAAAUACAAAUGAAAAGACUCAAUUAACAACAGAAGCUGAUUAGCUGGGGGGCCGCAGCAGCCUGAGUUUCUGGUCUAUAAUUGCAGUUGGCACAGAUACACUCUUGCUAUUGGUCACUUACAACUGUCAGUCAUUGGCAGCAAAUACAAUGAGAAGUUGCCACAUUCCUUUUGCUUAAGGGUUAAGUCCUGUUGGAGUGAAGCCUAUUGAACUCUCACUCCCUGUACGUUGGGGGCUGCUCUCUUUCCCAUGGUCAGUAAAGGGGGUGUGGCUUGUUCAUGACUAAGAAGUCAGUUGGGCAUCCCCCACAUUUUAUGAAUUUCUAUAGGCACAAUAAACCAACUUAAUGUAUUCUGUGCAAUCAAACUGCCCUUCCAGAAUCAGCCACUUCAGCGGCCCCAAGCACCGCCCCCUGACCAUGGGAAAGAGAGCAGCCACGCUUAGAAAAUCUGAGCUCUGCCCCUGAUUCAAUACUAGGGAGGGUUGGAUUCUUGUAUCCGGGGAGCGGGGAGUAACGGGGUAAAUGCCGAUGUGCCACCCUAAGUGUUUGUACCAUUUAUAGAACCCGUCAGUGCUGAGAUGAGACAAUAAUUUCUAUUGCUUUUAUUUUAAUGAGGGAAUAAAAAGCCCAGGGGGAGGGGUGCAAAAUCUCA